CAAGCUCACGAGUCAAACAAUCAACGCCAACCACGCCUACAAUCCGUCGGUACGAUAGGGAGGUUUACAGGGGAAUAAUUAUCGAUGAAGAGAUUACGGUUGGAAAGAUGGAGUGGGCAGUUGCUCUCCCCCCGGACAGGGCCUUCGUCUUGUCUGCGGCACCAGCAAGAGCAGAGGAUAGCUGGAAGACGCCUGCAAAGCACAUCGGCGGGCCUGGAUCUCACAUAUGAGGAUGGAGAGGAAUUACUUUCAGAACAGGAAGCACCCAAAACCCCUCGAAAAAGAGAAGAUUAUCCAUCACCUCCCCCAAGUGCCGCUCACCAGUCCGCCAAACUGGCAGCACUCCACGCCCGUCUUUCAUUACCAAAGAAACUCCCCUUACAGACAAUGGCACGCACACUUGUCGAUCCCUCUGCCGACUCCAAUACGCGGUUUAACAACGCUGCGUUGGCACAAGUGGGCGGCUCCAUCAUCUCAUAUCACGUCGCCGAAUUCCUGCUAGCUACCUACCCCCGAUUGCCGAUGACCGUCCUCUUCGCCGCUGCAUAUGCCUACAACGGACCUAAGACGCUCCAAUUAAUCGCCAAAGAAUGGGGUGUUGAAACGGCCGCCGCUCCCGGGGGCGAGGUCGAUCCGGGGCUCCUGCAAUUCUCCAAAAUCAAGCCCGGGCAAGGUCUGUCAUUGGGAUUUGGGGGAGGCAGCACCCGGCCAGAUAAGAAGAGCUGGAUGCGGAGGGGUAUCUCUAGUCGGAACGUGUACGAUGAUGAGUUUGGAGAUGUGAUCCCGAAGGAGGAUACCAGUGAGUUGCCGCAGGCGACCGAGACCGCCUAUUCGAAUUUCGUGAAGGCGGUUGUGGGCUCAAUAUAUCUGCAUGCCGGCCGGCAAGCCGCCAAGACAUUCGUACAGCAGCACAUCCUCUCGAGACACCUGCAGCUGUCGACCCUCUUCAAGUUCUCAGAGCCGGUCCGGGAGUUGGCGAGGCUGUGCCAGCGAGAAGGGUUCGAGUACCCGGUGGCGCGGAUCCUCAGCGAGACUGGACGACACAGUCGGUCGCCUGUGUUCGUGGUGGGCAUCUUCAGCGGGACGGAAAAGCUAGGGGAGGGCGCGGCGCCGAACCUCACCGAGGCGCGAGUCCGGGCUUGCGUGGCUGCGUUGAAAGCUUGGUAUCUGUACAGCCCGGGCAAGAGCGUCAGGGUGCCGAGCGAUAUGGAGGAAGCGAACGCGAAGCCGUGGGAGCCGCUGCAUGUUGAUAUUGGGGAGAUUAUACAUUAGUGUUGCUACUACUGCAUCGGGAAGCGGGGGCUGUAUGAAAAAAAGAUCGGAAAGACUCGUUGUAGUAGUUUGAAAAACGGUCGGUUCGUGUGUGAACAGGGUGACAAGAUGGAUGCUGAAGUACGUUUGGCUGCUGCAAGCUGAACGAUCCGUGUAUUAUUGAUCUCUUUUUUUGUGUGUCAACCGCAUAGGAACUAGAAAAAGACUCUGGAGUCUCCUUGUGU